UCUGAGGUUAUGUGAUUAUAGAGAACGCGACGUUCGAGUUCGUUCCUCCUUCGCAAAAUACGUAAAUAUUUUGUAAUGAUAUUUUAGCACUAUUGUUUGAUAAUUUUAGUUGGUCAACUGGAGUUAAAAGUUUCCUUGGUGUUGUGAUCAUAAAGCAAUGGCUGAUAAUCCUAGCAGCGAUGGCCUGUCGGAGGCUGAAAGACUUAGAGAAGAUGAACUGGCCCAGGAAUUGGAGCACAGUGACUCAAAUGAAGAAGAUCAAGAAAUAUCGUUAGAAAUAGAAGAGAAGUUGUUGAAAGAUGAACCAGAAUAUACAACACUAGUGAACUAUGGGGAGAGUUCACAAAAUGCCAACUUGGAGACUGAAGUAAUUGAAACAUACUCUGAUAGCUCUCAGAAUGUGGAGACUAUUCACAGAGCUGAUGAACUUGGCAACAUAUACACAGACAACUCUGACACAUUUGUUAGUUCACAACCAGACACACUUGCCGACCAGUAUGAACCAUACAUAAACGAAUACUCAUUUGAUAACUCAAACCUGGAUCAGCAACAAGUAGACCUCACAGAGGACAAAUUUGACAAAUUAGAGGAAGAAAAUAAGGACACCACUCUUGUACCUAACAUGAACGACUUUCAACAGAGCGAAUCAGUGGAGUAUGAAUCUCAAAUUACAGAGGAAAUGUUGAUAAAUGAGAGGGAAAGGGAAAAGAAGAGUAAAAAAGAGUUGGAAGAAGAGGAGCGGGAAAAGAUGCAGGUUCUAGUCUCAAACUUUACAGAAGAGCAGUUGGAUAGGUAUGAGAUGUACCGUCGUGCUGCAUUCCCCAAGGCAGCUAUAAAAAGACUGAUGCAGACCAUUACAGGAUGUUCAGUCGGACAGAAUGUUGUGAUUGCCAUGUCUGGUAUUGCUAAAGUAUUUGUUGGUGAAGUUGUUGAAGAAGCUCUAGAAGUACUGGACAAAUCUGGUGAAGCUGGACCACUGCAACCGAAGCAUUUACGAGAGGCUCUAAGAAGGUUGCGAGUCAGAGGUGCUAUACCUACCCGAAAAGCACACAAGAGUAUGUUUAGACUUUAGCUUAGUACUCAUUCAUAUCUUAGUACUUAGGUAUUGGUUGUCAUUUUCUAAUUCUUAAGCAAAACGAAUAAGUAUCAAAAGUUUUAUAUUUUUUCUAUUAGAAUAUAAUGUUAAUUUGUUGAUGUUGUAAAUAAAAUCAUUUAUAACUAUUAAAUUACUAGUUUAAAAAAUUUCAAAUGUCGUAACAUUUCCCGAGCACAAUCUACUGUUAAAAUUUGCAAUGUAAUCAAUAGAAUAAUGAUAAGAAGUAGAAUAUAUUUACUACCUGUAACUGUUUAAUAAUGAGCAAUAAUAUCAAGUUAAGUACUUCAGCACAGUUUAAUAGUAAUAGUUAAGUCUUUAUCUUGUGUUUAUGAACAACAUUCUAUACUUACAAUAAGAAUUUUAUUGGGAAUGACAUAUAGAGAGAAACAACACAUUAUCAUUAUUAAAAUGUUAAUUUAUUACAUGAUAAAAUCGUUAUUUUAUUAAAAACAAUAUACAACAGUAACUAAGGAUUAAUCAAGUUCGAAAACUUUGAAAAUAAAAUCAGUCUUGUUAAAAUGGCCAACUAUGUUGUGGACAAGAGACGUUAAUGGAAAUCCUUGGAAGGGUAAUCAAUAUUAUUUAAAAAAAAUAAAAAUGAUAUUCGCUCACAAUAGCAAAUAAAAAAAUUAACAAUGUACACAAAAUUCCAUUAAAAACCCAAAUUACAUAAAGAAAUUGGCACUUAAAAGUUAUUUUUGAAUUCAUCCAAACUUCUAUGAUGAAAUUUUUGCUAUACCAAAAAUGAAUCGUAUCACAGAUCUUACAAAUUCCAAGGCUACCUUGGCCAGUUUUCGUUUGACAUAAAUUGCAACAGAAAUUAAAACUUCGCAAACAAAAUAACAGAGACCAACAGAAUACACGACAUUAUCAUCUAGUUAAUUGUGAAGGCACAAAUUAGUUAAUAAAUUAUAGCAAUUUGGUAACGUUUUGUAAAUAAUAUUACGUCAUUAAUUUAUAGAUAGCUACACAUUACUAUAAGAAAAGUUCUCACUUUACAUCUAAGUAGUGGUCCAAGAUUGUUUAUUUGUGCAAAAUACAUACCAAAAUUUUAGUAAGUAUAAAAAUAUACUUCCAGUUUGAGGUAAAUCUAAGAUAGUAUUAAUCAUCAGAUUAACUAACAGCUUCAGUAUUAAACAAUGUUAUAUGUAAAUACA